CUGACUGACAGAGAGAGAGAGAGAGAGAGAGAGAUGUGAGACCGACCGCGGCAGCUUCAACUGGCUCUUUUUUUACCCUUUAAGGAUAACCGACAGCGUUAACAACCCCACAGCCUUGGACAGGGUCGACGCACACAUUUAAAGAUCCAACUCUUCCAGCUGUCGUUCUGCAUUGGUGGCACGCUGUGAGAAAAGACUCCACUCCGCUGUGCCUCAGCGCUCCUCAGACACUUGUCCUUGACAUCCAAAUGCUUUGCGUCGAUCGUCGUGCCAGCCGCCUUCUGUGAGUUAUGAUGACGGCUGCUUCGUUGACUCAGGAAAGAGGCUCCUCCUCCACUCACCACUGAGCAAAUCACAUGAUGUAAUGAAGAAGGGUCCUGAAAGUCUGCUCUUCAAGGAGUCUGCCAGCAGGAUAUGAGUAUUUUGAGCCCUGUGACGGAUAACAAAUCAAACCUUGUGGGAAUUGUGGGAGGCCCAGAAGAAUACUCUAGAGCCAUGCAGUCAGAGGAGCUAUUCAACAGAAAACUCAAAGCCCUGAAUGGUAGCAUGGGACCACCAGCCUCCAACAUGCAAGGGAAACCUGAAGGCGCUGGCAAAACAAAUGGUACUCCAGCCAUGCCUAAAAUGGGCGUCAGGGCCAGGGUGACAGAAUGGCCACCGAGAAAAGAUGGAUGGGAUGGACGUCCUUCACCGAACUAUCAGAGUGUGAUACCGGUAUUUCAGAAUGGCCAGCAGGAACAUACUGUGGAAAUACUGGAGCAAGGCGAAGCAGUCUGUCUGGAGGUAGACUACUCUGACAAAUACACACUGAGUGACCUCCUCAGCCAUUCCCCGCUGAAGGGUCUCCAUCCUAUCCGUCAACGCAGUAACAGUGAUGUUACCAUUAGUGACAUUGACUCAGAGGACAUAAUGGACCAGAACGCUGUCAAUCCAAACACUGGGGCCUCGCUGCACCGUGAAUACGGUAGCACGUCCUCCAUUGACCGCCAGGGCCUGAGUGGAGAUGGCUUCUUUACCAUGCUUAGGGGCUACAGAGUAGACACCCUGGACCACCGUAGCAUACCACCUCUCGGUUUCCCCGAGUUGUUGCGCUGUGAUGCCUCCCUCUCCCCUAGCCUGCAGACAGCAGCCCAGAUCGCCAGGGGUGAGAUAGUCCACAUUCCAGGCUACGACUACAUAGACAGCUCUCUCCUCUACAGCCGGGAGCGGGAGAAGUCUUUCAUGAGGCGUCUCAAAUCGGAACCAUCUGAAACGUCUCUGUUCAGGAAACUGCGGACCAUUAAGAGUGAGAGUGACGCCUUGCGACUCUCAAUAGAGGAUGACCGGCGACCCCUCAGCUUCCAAAAAUGCUUUGCGCACUAUGACGUUCAGAGCGUUCUUUUCAACAUCAGCGAGGCGGUGGCAAGCAGAGCUAACCUAUGCCAGAGGAAGAACACCACUACUGGGGCUUCAGCGGCCUCAGCUGGAAUAGGACCUGGAGCUGUUGGAGUGUCCGGAGCUGUGGGAGCCGGGGCCGGACCUGGAGCAGGAACAGAUGGCGGAGCAGCAGGAUGUAGCAGUGGAAAUGCCCCCAUGUUUGAGUCUCCACUAGGCAGCAGGGAGGACUUGAACCCCAAGGAGAACCUGGAUGCUGACGAGGGAGACGGGAAGAGCAACAGCUUAGUGCUGAGCUGUACACACUUUCGCAACGAGAUCGGUGGUGAAGGCGAGAGGAGGAUCUCCCUCUCCAGAGCCAACAGUGCCAACUACAGUGGUCUGUCAGAGAGCUGCUCUUUUGAGUCAUCUUUAAGUUCACACUGCACCAAUGCAGGAGUCUCUGUACUAGAGGUGCCAAGAGAAAACCAGCCCAUCCACAGGGAGAAGGUCAAACGAUACAUCAUUGAGCACAUCGACCUUGGCGCAUACUACUACCACAAGUACUUCUAUGGGAGAGAGCAUCAAAACUAUUUUGGGGUGGAUGACAAUCUUGGACCUGUGGCAGUCAGCGUCCGCAGGGAGAGGCUGGAUGACGGAAAGGAGAAAGAUGGAAUGCAAUUCAACUAUCGUGUCACCUUCAGAACCAGUCAGCUGACCACACUCCGUGGAGCCAUCCUGGAGGAUGCCAUUCCAUCCACUGCGAGACACGGGACGGCCCGCGGCCUGCCGCUGAAAGAAGUGCUUGAAUACGUCAUCCCUGAGCUUAAUAUCCAGUGUCUGAGGCUGGCCCUCAACUCCCCCAAGGUCCCAGAGCAGCUACUCAAGCUGGACGAGCAGGGGUUAAGCUUCCAGCACAAGGUUGGAGUGCUUUACUGUAAGGCGGGCCAGAGUACAGAAGAAGAGAUGUACAACAACGAGAGUGGUGGGCCGGCACUGGAGGAGUUCUUGGAUCUGCUUGGCCAGAGGGUGCGCCUCAAAGGCUUCACCAAGUACAGAGCUCAGCUGGAUAACAAGACGGACUCCACAGGCACACAUUCUCUCUACACCACCUAUAAGGACUAUGAGCUGAUGUUUCACGUGUCCACCAUGCUCCCCUACACACCCAACAACAGACAGCAGCUAUUAAGGAAGAGGCACAUUGGCAAUGAUAUCGUCACCAUAGUAUUCCAGGAGCCUGGGGCCCUUCCUUUCACUCCAAAAAACAUCCGCUCCCAUUUCCAACAUGUGUUUGUCAUCGUCAAAGUCCACAACCCUUGCACUGAUAACGUCUGCUACAGCGUGGCCGUGUCCAGAUCUAAAGACGUGCCUCCGUUCGGCCCCCCUAUUCCCAAGUCUGUAACUUUCCCAAAGUCUGCAGUUUUCAGGGACUUCCUUCUCGCCAAGGUCAUCAAUGGAGAAAAUGCCGCACACAAAUCAGAGAAGUUCCGAGCCAUGGCGACACGUACUCGGCAGGAAUACCUGAAGGACCUGGCUGAGAACUUUGUUAGCACAGCUACUAUUGACAAUGCUGUCAAAUUCAGCUUCAUCACCCUUGGAGCCAAGAAGAAGGAGAAGGUGAAACCCAGGAAGGAUGCACAUCUGUUCAGCGUGGGGGCCAUCACCUGGAGCGUCUGUGCUAGGGACUUUGGCCAGUCGAUGGACGUGGACUGCUUGCUUGGCAUUUCCAACGAGUUUAUUGUGCUCAUCGAGGAGGAAUCAAAAAAUGUGGUCUUCAACUGCUCGUGUCGUGACGUCAUUGGCUGGACCUCAGGGAUCAUGAGCAUUAAGAUCUUCUAUGAGCGCGGAGAGUGUAUCAUGUUGUCUGCCCACGACAACUGCGGAGAAGACAUCAGGGAGAUGGUGCAAAGGCUAGAGAUCACCACCAGAGGCUGCGAGACGUCGGAGAUGACUUUGCGUCGGAACGGUCUCGGCCAGCUCGGUUUCCAUGUCAACUUUGAGGGCAUCGUGGCCGACGUGGAGCCCUUUGGCUUCGCCUGGAAGGCAGGGUUGAGGCAGGGCAGCCGACUGGUGGAGAUCUGCAAGGUGGCUGUCGCUACUCUCACCCACGAGCAGAUGAUUGACCUGCUGCGCACAUCCGUCAGUGUCAAAGUGGUUAUAAUCCAGCCUCAUGAAGACGGCACCCCCCGAAGGGGCUGCUCCGAGCUCUACCGCAUACCCAUGGUGGAGUACAAGGUCGACAGCGAGGGUACACCCUGCGAGUACAAGACACCCUUCAGGAGAAACACCACCUGGCAUCGGGUGCCCACAGCUGCUGGAGCACCUCUAUCCCGAGGCUCGCCCACGCAGGGCCCUGACCGCCUGCAGUGCCAGCAGAUCCUCCAGCAGCACCAGGCAGCUAUCCCACGAAGCACCUCCUUUGAUAGGAAGCUGCCAGAUGGGUCCAGGACAAUGCAGGAUAUGGAAAACCCCCAGGUCACCUCAUGUAACAAGGGAGACCAGCACUACCGCAGCUCCCCCAGUAACCAGUCCUCCUCCAGUGAUCCAGGACCCUGCGGCAGCGGCACCUGGUCCCAGCAGCCUGGAUAUGAUGGAUGUCCCUCCCCUAUCCUCCAUGAGCGGGCAGGGGACAUCCAGGGGGCAGACGGAGAGAUCCACAGAGAGAGGGAGCCCACCCUGGAGAGGACCCGGUCUGCAGAGGCCAAAUGGCACAUCCCCUCCACCAAGAUCCUGAACCCUCUGAAGCAAAGAGAAGGAGGAAAAGACUCACCCAACAAGCUGUCCAGGACGGGCGAUAAAAACUCAAGCCACUCAAGUAGCAACACUCUCUCAAGCAAUGCCUCCAGCAACAGCGACGAUAAGCACUUUGGCUCUGGAGACUUGAUGGACCCGGAGAUGCUGGGCCUCACUUACAUCAAAGGAGCGUCCACAGACAGCGGCAUUGACACUAAUCCCUGCGUGGCUCCUGGGGCCCGGGUGUUGAUGCAGGGCAGGGUGGGGGAGCAGGGACACCCUUGGGUACUGGAGCACCAUGAGGACGGGGCAUCAGAGGAGGAUCAUGGGAAACUGUACCUGCCACAAGGCUACGCCUCCGCCAUUAUGUCGAGUCAUGUGACAGAAGGAAGCAUCGGAGACCUGAGCGAAAUCUCAUCCCAUUCAAGUGGCUCACACCACUCUGGCAGUCCGCUGGCCCGUGGUGCCAGAUACUGUAUGUCCGCUGACUCCUCCAAGGUGUACACCAUCCCCCAGACCAGCAGCUCAGGGCCAGGGCCAGAGGCAGAGCCGGGGCCAGGGCCUAGCUCAGAGGCCUGUGGACAGACACGCCCACAGCCCGAUUGCAAACUCCCUGUGGGCAUGAAGACGGCCGAUGAUGAUGGUGAUGAUGAUGCCCACAGCACUGAGGGACCUCCCAACAUUUCAGAGUGUGGGCAGCUGUACGCACAGGAGGCAGCCUGCCGGCUCCAGGCUGCUGACCGGGAUGGAAAAUCACUGCAGAGACUUUCGAAAGAAGAAUACCUUAAAAUGAUGCUCCCCGACAGCCCUCCGGGGGAAGACCGGACCCGGAAGGUGUCAGCAGUGGGAAGUCUGUCACCAAGACGCUCCCUAUACCGGACGCUAUCAGACGAGAGUGUGUGCAGUAACCGCAAGGGUUCGUCCUACGCCAGCUCGCACAGCUCAAUGCUGGACCAAGCCAUGCCCAACGACAUCCUAUUCAGCACCACCCCACCUUACCACAGCACACUGCCUCCUCGCAUGAUCCACAACCAGGGGGCAUCCAACCUAAGGAAUGAGUUUUGGUUCUCUGACGGCUCCUUGGCGGACAGGUCCAAGUUCACCGACCCAGGCCUCAUGCCCCUCCCAGACACUGCCACGGGCCUGGACUGGUCUCACCUGGUUGAUGCAGCACGAGCCUUUGAAGACCAGCGCGUGGCGUCUUUCUGCACCAUGACGGACAUGCAGCGGGCAGAGGCUCUGCAGAUCUCAAGAGAGCUGACCAGACGAGUGGUGGAGGCGGAGGGAGCAGCGCUGGAAGCAGACAGCUCCCCCUCCACACUAACUGGCAAAGUCAACCAGUUGGAGGUGAUCCUCAGGCAGCUGCAGCAUGACCUCCGAAAGGAGAAAGAGGAUAAGGCGAUGUUGCAGGAGGAGGUGCAACACCUGAGACAGGACAACAUGCGACUGCAGGAGGAAAGCCAGACGGCGGCGGCUCAGCUCAGGAAGUUCACAGAGUGGUUCUUUCACACCAUUGACAAGAAACCCUGAGAGAGAGAGACCCACAGAAAGAGAGAGAGAGAGCAAGAUGGCCUUCACUCCUCCUGGGCACCCACUCAACUCCUACUUAAGACUCCCAGAUGAUCCACAGGCAAACAAACUUUCAAACAAACCAUUACCGGCCCCCAGAGUAAUCAAGACUCUUUUAAAAAGCCCCUGCUUAGGAGACUGUAGUGCAGCCCUGUGUGGAGAGACUUGAAACCCUGAUCUGGACCUUAGUUUUGGGAUCCUCUUCUGUCUGAAGUGCAGGGCUGUCUCUGAAGUUAACGGUUUCUCCAUCCUGGCAAAUGAGACUCUUGGGAAACCUCCACAUCUCCGGCACUGGAGUGGAAUUGUGAAAGGCAACCCCCGGGGGCACCAGCCUGAGUCCCUGGGAUCUUCUUACAGUAGUGGAAUGUAAAGCUCAUUUACUGUAGUCAACAUAUAAUCUACCUACGUAUGUCCCGUCAGUCUACUGUACUGUAUGCUCAGCUGUACUGUAUCAUACUGCGCACACUGUCACACAGCUGUUUCUGUGCCGGCCUUCACGGACACAGAAAAGUAGAGAGGGUGAGGCGAGGAGGGGAGGAAUGUACUGGACAUAAUGAAGUGGUACUUACUGUCUGCUUGCACCAAGAGGAAUCCACAUGUUGCGGUCUUGAAACGUACAGUGGGAGGGAAAAAUGAAUGUAGCUCAACUGAGACCCUUUUUUUUCCUUGGAUUUCUGGUUCCCAAAGUCACAAAAGGUUUCAAGGUUUUGAUGUUCUGGGCCAUUUCUUUCUUUUAAUAAAUUCCACUUUUUCUUUUCCUCAGUGUUGUAACGUAGGGUCACAUGGCAGUAAUUUUGAUGUUUAAAGGUGCUUUCCCUACACACGUUUGUCAGUAGUUUUCAUUCACUGUCACAAUGUCCUAGCAAUAACGAAGUGGUAGUUACGAAACUGUGUUUAAAAGAAAAAAAAAGUUAGCACAAUCGUGAAGAGUUCCUGUCGAGAAGCAGUCGUACUUGACAUGUAUUUAUAAAACAGGAAGAGACUGUGCCUAAAACUCUUGGUUGUAAAUGGAUUGUUUCUUUUUGCUUUUAAUUCUCUUUUAUAAACACAUGCCUUGUCUGUGGCUCACUGAUAUAAAAUUGUGUGUAUGAAUGUGU